AUGAGUAUAAGUAAAGCAGAUAUUACAUAAAAAAUAUUAAACCAUUACCUUUAGAACUUCAGAGAAGAUAAUGAUGACAUCAAGAAAAUAUUUAAAAGUUUAGCUGAUGCCAACACUAAGAUAGUCAUAUUAUCAUUGAUAGAAUACAUGAAUGUCCUUGAAAUAGACCAAAAAUAUUUAGAAUUGCUUAAGCUAUUGAAUUAUAUUAUUUCUCAUAUCAAAGAGUCCCACUUUUAGAAAAUAAAAGAAAAAAUUCACGAAUUCAUUGAAAGAUCAGUAGAAACAUCAAUUAGUCUAAGUAAAAAGAUUAAUAUCCCUAAAGAAGUUGUUGCAAUCUAUGUGGAACGCGAUCAAUUAGUUGAAAAUAUGAUAAGUAGCAUAUUAAAAUUUGGAGAUAAUGAUACAGUAAGAUUAAUCCUUAACUUUUUUAAUGCUGGAAAGGUUCCUGAGUUGAUAAUUAUGAAUAUUUUGAGAAUUCUUAUUAGAGAAUAAGGAAGACUAAUAAAAGACUAUUCAAAUGAGUUAUUAAGCAAAUUUCUUUCAACUUGCACAUUAGUUCAGAGUCCCAGAUAUAGAUAGAUAUAUGCUGAUACUAUGCUCCUUAUUUAUGAUAACUUAUCGCUUUGUGUUGAAAACUAGGAUGAAUUAAAUUUAAAGUCUCUUGAAGAUUUAUCAAUAUCAAUAUAUUCAAUGAUUUCCUAAGAUUGGAUAUCUCAGCCAGACUAUGAAGUUUAAUCUGCAGCAGUAAAUUUAAUAGGAUAUAUGGUACAAUUUUUCCCCAACAAUCAAAUAGAAAAAAUAGCUGAUAAAAUUAUAGACGAAUUCAUUAAUUAAAUGAAGAAAUAGGCUGAUAAAAAAAUUACGAUUUGGAAAGGAUUUAAUAAAAUUUUAGAGAAACUUUUGCAAACAAAUAAGCCUUACUUUGAGCAUUCUAUCAAAUCUAUACAAGUCAAAUUAUAUGACCUCUAUAGAAGUCCUAUAUUUAGUCCUAACUAUGAAUUUGAUCCAGAAUAGUAAAAAAAGAAAAAUUCAUUGUUAGAAAUUAUCUAAAACUUAGCUUAAUUCAAUAUUGAUAGCAUCCUAGAUUUAUAUAUAAGUAGACAUCAAUCUAAAGAAAUUAUAGAAAAGAUAGCUUCUUUAUGGAUAACUAAUUUUCUAAUAAAUAGAAAUUAUGAGAAAAUAUCAAUACCUAUGAAAAAGCUAUUGAUAAACUCACUCUCCAGUAUUUCUUUUGACUCUAAUUUUGAAGUUAGAUACGCACUUAUUGAAAUUAUAUUCACUCUUUGCAAUCAAAAGCAAUUUUUUGAAGAUUCUUUAAAUGAUUAAUCUUAUGAUAUUUCCUUUAUGCUUUUCUUCCUUAUCAAACAAGUUUCCAUCCAUCCAUAAGAAAUAGCUGAAAAAAAAAAUGUAAGAUUUGCUCCUUUCCUCACAACUUUAGAAAAUCUAAAAAGUAGAUCUUAAUACGUUUUACAGAUUUUAACAACCAAUUCUGUACAAACUACAAAAAAUUUUAUUUGGCCUUAUAUCCUCGAAUAUAUUCCCAAUCCUUCUUUCUCACCAGGGCUAAGUUCUAUACUAAAGAGCACAUACACUUAUUUAACAAAAUAUAAGGAAGUUUACAAUGAAUAUCCCUAAGGAAAUAUAAGAGUUAAUGAGAAAAUUCCUAAAAUCGGUACAAUAUUGGCUCGUUUAAUCAUCCUUCUUCGUAUUCCUUAAUUCUUUAAAGGGUUAGGUCAAGAAAUUUUAAAAAGUAUUCCUCAUAUAUUGUCCGUAUUCCUAACCAAAGAGUGCUCAAAAGAAAUAAAUAUACACAUAAAUGACUUAGAAUUUAUUAUACAAAAUGAAAGUGAAGAUGAAAAGAAAUUAAGUGAUAAAAUAUAUUAACUUUGGAAAGUAUUACUUGACUAAUUCGAUAGUAAUGAAUGGUUCACAAGCAUGCAUGAAGAUUUGAUUGCUAUGAAUCCUAGUUAUAAUAAGGUACCUGAACUACAGGUUCAUAUGAUGAAAUUACAUGGACUUAUCUUAACUAAAAUAGAUAGCUAAGAAACAAUUAAAACAUAAAUUGAUAAAUUUGUUACUUAAGUUUAUAAUGACUAUUCAAAUCAGUAAGUUAAUUUAAAUAUUGAUAAAAUUGAACCCAGCACAUAAAUGAAAUUAUGCUUAGCUGAUACACUUGCUUUGAUCAGUACAGAAAAACUAGAUUUAGUUAUAGAUAAAAUAAGAAACAUCAUGAAUAGUUAAAUAAUAUAAAAGAAGUAAUAAACAGGAUUUGCAUCUGUUCUAAGCAUGUUUAAUAAGCCUUAGACUGAAGAAGAUGCUCUUUAUCCGAUAACUUCGAAUUUAAUACUUUCUCUAGGAUAUAUCUGCAAUCGUCUUAAUACUAAGAAACUGGUUUUGAAGAUUGAAUCACACAUUAUCAAUAAUCUUAUUCCAUUUUUAGAUAAAGGCGGAGAAGAAAUGCAAUUAUGUGUACACAGGACUAUGGAAAUGAUAAGCAAUGGCGUAAUUAGAAUAUGGAAUGAUUGUGAAGAGGAAGAAAUUAAAGAUCUCAAAAGAGUUUUUAUCAAAUAUAAAGAAAAAUUCUAUUAAAGAUCAAUUUUAGCUUUUAAAACUUCUAAAAUUCCAAACAUCAAAACAAUUGCUUGGGAGACUGUUUCUAAUCUCCUACGUGUUGACCCUCCUUACAGCUUCGAAUAACAUCUCAACUUUUUCAAAAACUGCAUUAAAUUCCUUGAAGAAAAUAUCAAUAUUCUCUCUUCCUUUGAGUAACCUACUAUCCACCUGUUUUAGGCUAUGCUAAGUCAUUAAAAAUUAGUGUCAAAUCCUUCCAAGAACCCAGAUUAAACAAAUUCUGAAGAAGGUUCUUAGGAAUAAACUGAAAAAGUAUUCGGUGAUGAAAAUGGAAUUGUUUCAGUAUGGGAAGUAUUAUCAACGAUUAUAAAGAUAAUAGAGUAAAAUAGAGAUCUUGAGAUCUUAUGCUUUUAUUACAACUGCUUACUUAAGGCUUUAUUUGAUAAGAAGCUGAAAGCAAAUGAGGGAAAAGAUAUCAAAUUUUUGACAGUUAUUCUUGUUAUAUUUUUGUCUCACAUUUACAAGCCGAACAGAGACUUACAAACAGUGUCUCUAUUCUGCCUUGAAAAAAUUAUGUUAGGCUUGAACAUUUAUCUUGAUGUUAAUAUGAGAGAUAUUGAAGUUUUCAACAAUGAUUUAAUCAGAUAACUUUCAUAAAAGCUCAGUUUUGAAGAGUUACAGUCACUAGUUAAUGAAAGUGUGCAAAGAGUCAGCUAAGAAGAAAAUGUUUAAGUGCUUAAUGGUUUUACCUCCCUACAUAAUAAAUUUUACAAUCAACAUGAAGAAAAGCUAUCUGAAUAACUUGGAGCAAUUAUUCAGAGCUACAAAGCAGUAUUUGAUGUUUAAGUUAAAUUAAAUAGUGAAGAAAUGUAGAAGGACUAGCUGAUAGGUUAUGUGAUUACCAUCCUAGAGAAGAAUUUACAAAAAGGGUUAGACAUCCUUCUAGAUGAGAAAGUAACUUUCCCACUUACUGAUUUUUAGGAAAGGCUGCUUAAGCGUAUUGUAGAUAAUAAGAGCACUCUAUUCAAAACUUUUAAUCAUUUGACAGAUGUUUUAAAUAACCCUGAAGAUAAAAUAUUUAAAUGUAAAGGAGAUGCUCUUACAAACUCAAUUAUUUUUAUAGGAUUCAUGUUCUCACUUAAUUCUGAAAUCCUUUUGAAUAUUACUAAAAAAUACUUCGCUUCAAUAUUUGGCACUUUUGUUUUAAGAUUUUCCACAAGCUUUGAUUAAGAUCUUAACAAGAAUUCACAAUCAAGAGAUGAAAUGGAUGCUUCUAAAGCUUGCUUGUGGGCAUUUAAAUAAAUGCUUCAAAAUUCAAAUAAAAGCAAUUUUCUAAAUGAUAUUUCAACUGGCUUAUAAGUAAAACUAAUCGAUGAGAGUCUCUUUGAAGAUGGGAUGUCUGAAUUAAUGAUGAUAGUCUCUAAAAAUAGCCGUCUUUGUGAAUUAUCUGAAAUGAUGGAAUUCUUAAAACCCUUCAUCCUAAAAAAAAUAAAAACUCAAAAGAGUGCCUGUCUAAUUAUUGUAAGCUAGUUAAUUCAUUGCAGCUUUUUUGCUUUAGACUUUUAAGAUACUCGCAAUCAUGUUCUUUUACCAGAUUGGUAUAAUUUUUUAAUUGACGUAUUAUUGGCUAACAACUAAGACAGCAGCGAAUAAAUAAGAUCGAUUGUUUUAAGAGGAAUAGGAAAUAUCACUUAUCUUCAUAAAUAUAAUAUAGCUGGUUGUUUAGAGGACAUAAAAGAAGAGGAAGAUUAAAAUGUCUUACAAAGCACUGAAAAUAUGGAAGAUAACUAAAAUAAGAAAGAUAAAGAUGAAAAUUCCCAGUCAGAAAAUGAAGGUGAAAGAAAUUCAUAAAGAAAAUAGCUUCUUGAUGAAAAAAUAGCUGAAAAUUUAGUUUAAAUUAUUCAAGACGAAGAAUAAAAAGAAUUCGAAAAGAAAAAAGAACCUAUUUUCUUAAUAAGCAAUGAGAGAUAUGCUUAAAUAAUAGAAGCUCUCUUCCUAGGUAUGGAUGAUACUUCAGACUUAUGUGUAAAAGACACUUUAAAUAGUCUAUAAAAUAUGAUCUAAUUUAUUUCUGAUUUAUUCCUCUAGCCUUACAUUUUUAGUUUAAUACAAAAAGUCACAAUUAAUUUCGAAAAGUAAUUAAGUAUUUUAAGAGUAACUUCUUUUAAUCUAUUUGGAAAGUUACUUGAAAAAAUACACAUAUGCAAAGAAAAAGAUGAUUACAUUUAGAAUUAAAUUCAUUACGUUCUUAUAUCUGUAAUUGUCCAUUUACUUGAUGAAAGCAGAUAAGUUAGAGAUGUAUGCAAAUUAAAUUUAGAAAAAAUUGCAAAAAUUUUAAAUUUUGAGUAGUUGAUUAAAUACUUGGGAUAAGAAGACUAUAAUUAAAUAGAAGAAUUUAAAGCUGAGUUCUUAGAAAAAGAUGAAAUAUUUAUGCUUAACGCAAUGAGUUUGUUCACUAGUAAUUAUCAUAACAAAAUAACUGCUUAUAUUGAAACUUUGACUGAAUACACUAAAUCACCAGAUGAAAAAAUAAAAUGCUCUUCUAUUUUAUCCUUAAUUUAUACCUUUAGAUAUCUAAACCAAGAUAUUUAGAAUUUAGAGAUCAUAUAAAAUGUAAAAGAAAGAUUAUAUGAGCUAUUAGAAAAGUAAAGUGUCAAUAGAAAAAUCAAUAAUAUUGAUAAAUAUAUUUUGAAGGCUACAAUAUUCUUAAUUAAAACUAUUGAAAGCUGA